AUGUUCAGAUCAGUGAUUUCACGUAACGGUAUAAUGUUUACCAAGGGCCAAAGUCGUUCACUACUGCCAACUUUCCGUAGAUGGUUAAACAUAAAUGUCUUAACCACACCAAAUGAACAUGCAUUGAAAUUUCUGUCAGUAGAUGGAGAAUUAUUCCAGACGCCAGGAUCCAAGAGCAUCGUUAUUAAAAACACAGACACUACAUUGAUUAAUAAUUGUAAGUUAGCUGAAAGAAUAUUUUUGGAAUGUUCUGGAGCUGAAUCAUUGAUGAUUGGUGAUGAUUUUGUUUCAGUUAAUAAAGAUAGUAUGAUUGAUUGGAAUCAAUUACGUCCUGAUGUGGUGAGGAUAUUAUUGGAGCAUUUGAAAUCCGGGGAAAAUGUCAUUUCUGAUGAUUUCUUUACUGUGAAGGAAUUGAGUGAGAAAGCUGGAGGUGGGUAUAAUAUUAAUACACCGAAAUUUGAAUAUGAUGAAGAAGCUGAAGAGAUUAGUGAGAUUAUUGAUGAAUUGAUUGAUACGAGGAUUAGACCUGCUAUUUUGGAAGAUGGUGGGGAUGUAGAUUAUUUGGGGUGGGAUUCCAAGACAGGGACUGUAUAUUUAAGAUUGAAAGGUUCUUGUUCAUCUUGUUCAUCAAGUGAAGUUACGUUGAAGUAUGGUAUUGAAUCUAUGUUAAUGCAUUAUGUUGAUGAGGUUAAAGAAGUUAUUCAACUAUUGGAUCCCCAACAGGAAAUCGCAUUAAAGGAAUUUGAUAAACUUGAGAAGAAGUUAUCUUCGAAUGGUAGUGAUGCCACCAAGGUUAGUGUUUAA